AUCCAAGACCACGUUUAAACUUGUUUGCUCUUACUGCCAACAACAUCAACAACAAAGAGAGAGAUAGAAAGAAAGAAAGGAAAAAAAAAAAGCAAGAGAUUUUCUCGCGCCUUUUCUAUAUUGCUCUGUUUUUUGGUACUCUGUUUGGUUGCUGGGAAAGAUAGAAGGGAAAAUAGUACAAAAAAUGCUGGAGAGUAAGGACCCGGCCAUCAAGCUGUUUGGGAAGAAGAUCGCCGUGCCGGCUGACGAUGAGGCCCGAGCGGUCUCCGGCGAAGAAUUGGCCUCGCAGCCGUUGGAGAAGGAAGAUGUAAAUGAAGAAGAGACUGAAACGGAGAUGAAGGAUUCUCCACCAAGAUCAGCCUCGGAGAACUCGGGACAAGAUAGUGAUCCGCCUUCGGAGACUGAAGAUUCAAUAAACCCCGAAACAUUACCGGACUCCAGCAAUGUCAACCCCAAGACACCUUCCGUAAACGAGGAAAGCGCAAAGUCGAAUAUCGCGAAGAUCGACAAUGAAAAGAACAACGCAAGCGCAGCCAACGCGCAGGAGAAAACCUUGAAGAAACCGGAUAAAAUCCUGCCCUGCCCUCGCUGCAAUAGCAUGGACACAAAAUUCUGUUACUAUAACAACUAUAAUGUCAACCAACCCCGCCAUUUCUGCAAGGCGUGCCAGAGAUACUGGACGGCAGGUGGGACAAUGAGGAACGUGCCUGUGGGAGCUGGACGGCGCAAGAACAAGAACUCCUCCUCGCAUUACCGCCACAUCACCAUCUCGGAGGCUCUCCAAGCUGCUCGAAUCGAGGCUGCUCCUCCGAACGGGACACACCCCCACCACCACCACCACCACCACCACCACCACCACCCUGCAUUGAAGAGCAACGGCAGAGUCCUAAGCUUUGCCUUGGAUGCACCAAUUUGUGAUUCCAUGGCAUCUGUUUUGAACCUCACAGAUAACAAAAAGGCCCCCCGGAACGGUUUCCACAAAACUGAGGAAAGGGGGUUCCCGGGGCCUUGCAAAGGUAGAGAGAAUGGUGAUGAUUGCUCGAGUGCAUCUUCGAUUACCGUGUCGAAUUCGAUGGAUGAAGUUGGGAGAAAUAGUACUCAAGAACCGCAAGUUCACAACAUGAAUGGAUUCUCUUCCAUUCCUUGCAUCCCUGGCGUCCCUUGGCCUUAUCCUUGGAAUUCAGCAGUUCCACCGCCGCCCCCGCCCCCACCGCCCUUUUGCCCUCCGGGGUUUCCCAUGUCAUUUUACCCCGCGGCAUAUUGGAACUGCGCGGUUCCAGGCACUUGGAACAUUCCUUGGUUUGCCCCUCCACAGCCUUCUUCUCCGAGCCAGAACUCUCCGAGCUUGGGCUCAAAUUCUCCGACACUAGGGAAGCAUUCGAGGGAUGGUGAAAUUCUAAAAUCAGACAGUUUGGAGAAAGAGGAGCCCUCAAAACCGAAAAAUGGAUCCGUUCUAGUCCCAAAAACGCUGAGGAUCGACGACCCGACUGAGGCCGCGAAGAGCUCCAUUUGGGCAACACUUGGGAUCAAGAAUGAUGGAAUCUCUGGUGGAGGGAUGUUCAAGGCAUUCCAAUCAAAAAGUGAUGAGAAGAAAAGCAUGGCUGAGACAUCUCCAGUGCUGAGAGCUAACCCUGCAGCCUUGUCUAGAUCACUCAAGUUUCAUGAGAGCUCAUAAAAACUGUUGGCCUAAUUCAUCAACUCUUUUAAGUUUUGGUGACCAUCAAUCAACAAGCUUUUGAGUCAUCUGAUUCAGCUUGAUGGGUUGAUUAACUUGACUGAAAUGUAGAAAUGGAAGGAGGAUCCAAAUAGUUUUAUGUCAUUUAGGUCCCUCAGCUUGGUGGAGGGAACUAAUGUAGGAUAAAAGCUUUAGCGGCAGCUAAUUUUGUUUUUGUUUUUCUUUUUGUAACAGUAUAUGCACAGGUGUCUUCUAAUAUUCUUAGCUUUGCUGGGUUUGUGUUCAUGUAAAAAUAUAUUACAAUAUAUGUGAAAUAAUGUCAGAGAGUUAAAAGAAA